AUGAAGUACUCUCUCUCCCUCAUCGCCCUUUUCGUCGCUAGCACUAUUGCUAUUCCUGCGGCUAAUACUCCGAAAUGCAAGGCUGGUGAACAGUUCUUUGAAUGCGGCACGGCUUGUCCCUUGACAUGCAAUGAACCCGAGCCCCGACCGUGUACCAAGCAGUGCGUCCCUGGAUGCUUCUGCAAGGAGGGUACCAUUCGAAGCCAGUCCGGAUCUUGCGUCAGUCGCAACAAGUGCUGA